AUGUCGAGAUUCAAGUCGCGGCCUCAUCCGCCCCCUCAGGAUAUACUCACCCCUGGUCCCGACCUCCCUUGGGAACUCGUCGGACCGGGCGAAUCUUAUCUUCUGGUCGAAUUAGAGAAACUCUACUGGGCAGGUGUUGAACGCGAACUGAAAAAUAUCAUCCAAACUCUUCGCGUAUGGCGACGGCCUGAAUAUUCAUAUAUCAGCAUUCCAGACGAAACGGACGAUUUUAUAUAUGGUUUCGAUACGUUCAUCGACCAGGUUUGUCAGGAGAGUAGGGAGUUUGCGCUUCGCUAUGGGAAGAGAAGGCGUCGCGAAGAUGCAGAUAAACCAUCUGCUAUUUUAGGGCAGGAUCAUAAAUCCGAGUAUGCGCUCAAACAGGCAUUUCUGGAUAAUAAGGCAGAGAGAAAUUCCAUGAGAAUUAGAGGAGAGGUUAGGGCCGAAAUCGAGAAUCUUCCCCAACUCGAAGGUCUCGAGCUGCGAGCAGCCAUGUUACUGCAAUCUGCUGGUAAGUUAUUCUCUUUUCGAUGUUUAGUUCACUUGCUCAUAUCAAUUCCAGGGUUCCUGGACAUCGACAAAAUCACCGAAUAUCGACCCCCUCGAGACAAGUCAAGGCCAAGACCAGGGAUACCUCAACUCACACUCACAAUCAACGAACACUCCCAGCCCGAAUUUCAUCCUCUACACUGCUCCGCCUGCAACGCCAUCAUCUACGACAGCAUGUUCGCCAGACAACCAUUCGUACCAAAGCCCUACACUAUCUGCUCCGAUUGCUACUGGGCCCAACACUACAGCGAUCCUGCCUUCGUCAAAGUCCACAAACACUCCGUCUUGCACGCCAUCGACACGUCGACCAGCGGACGACUUUGCAAGUGCGAAUCCGUCCCGCAUUUCGAUUCGUCUGGUCGUUCGCGCUCGCUGUUCCCUCUUAACCCCAACGAUCGACAUAUCACGUCCGGCAAGGACCGCUGCCCUCUGUUGGAUCUAGCUGGUAUGGUCUCUCAUGCGAAAUACCGCGGCUUGCUUUCUAGCAUAGGGAUGAAGCCUCAAGGCUCGGAGUCGGGCUCUGUGGGGCGAAUGAUCGAGCGAGUGAAGUCGAUAAAGCUGGGGAAAGCAGACAGAAAGAAUAAUGCGAGUCAAGUAGGGACGGGACAUCUGAGAGACAUGGAUCACACGGCAGGCCCUCCGGCAGAAGACGAUAUUCCAGCAUUUUUUCGCCAUCGCACCGAGAACAACCCAUUCGGGGAUGAGCAUAUGGCGUUGAGAGUUGGGCCAUUGGUUAUCGAAAACGGUGUGGAAAGUACCAAGUCAGGUGCCCUGAUAACCCUAAGGAACCCGCCUGUGUUCCAUGAGCGUUUUGAGCACGCAGCGAGCCAGCCUGCUCUCAUGGUAGAUGGAACUCCAGAGAGACUUCUCUGGCAGCAAUCAAACCGGCUAGUUAGCCAGCCCAAGCGAUACAAAACCAUGAUGAAGCAAGUGGUUGGCGUGCCGUUCUCAGGUCUCGUUAGGUCCAAGCAGGAUCAGGAGCUGGAAAUCCUCAAGCUCGUGGUAGAGGCGAGUCAAUCGGCCACUGCUUCCUCAGAAUCAGAUUUACAACAAGACCUCGACUCGCGCAUCUCUCGAAUCCUCGACCAACUCCAGGAUCUCCUUCUCCCGCGCGUGAGAGUCUACCUGUCUAGCAUCGCAUCUCAGCUUCUCAACCCAUCAACCACACUAACAUGGAACCCGACAAGCAACACCUGUCACUCCUUCUGUACCUCCCUGCUUGACCCAACUCUCUUCACUCCUUUAGUCAACGGACCUCCCAAGAACCCUGACACCAACACUAAUCCCCUCUACCUAAUCAGCUUCUACACCCCUCCUCCCCAACCCAACCAACACCCCUUGACUCAAACUCCAACUCCAAUCCCAAGAACCAAACACGACAUCCCUCCGGGCCACAUCCAAGAAUUCCUCAUCCAACCCUCCACCUCCCCCUCCUCCAACCUCAUCGACUCCCUAACCCACUAUUCCACCGACUAG